AUGGCCAUUGCCACCCAUAUAUUUUGUGAGGUCAUAAGAGGCUGGGUCAAGGUUCCUGUCAAUAAUAUUCUUGCUAUACACAAUGUCAUAUACAACUCUCUGGAUCCUGAUGUCAGGCAGCCUGUGGACCUUCUAACACUUCCUCUCUGCAAAGCAGCAACCUGUAAGGAGAUCAAUGUCCAUAAUGAGGAUGGUUGCUGCAUCCCUUGUUUGAUGGGUAGGACUCAUGUGGAUGCCCCCAAAUGUGGUAUUCUCAUUAACCUGGAAAUAAUUCCUCAGCUGUUCUCUUUGCAUGUUGCUCAUGAUGAGUACCUAGAUGUGGACACAGAUAUUCUUGACAUUGACAAUGAGCACACUGCGAAGAUCAAUGCUGAUUCUAUUCUCCCUCACUUCAAGACAUUCAUCAGAAAGGUUCAAAUGAAUAUAACAUGUGGUCAACAACAUCCCAACAGAAUGGAUGAUGACAAUAAUGACAUCAACAUGGUGCUAAAUGAUGGAAAACCAAUACCCCCUGCCAUUAUUGCAUCUGCCUCUUGGAUCCAUGGAUCCUGCAAAGAGAAAUGGAAUGUAGGUUGGGUUGAGGAACAGGUUUUCUAG